UUUGUUAUAAAACCCCUGGGAUUUGAUUCCUAUCUGAAUCCCCUCGUCAGAAUCUCUCUCCUAGGGUUUCGAUAGCCCUGCACCACCUGCAAUUUGUUGCACAUCAUUCAUCCAUUAUCGAUUCUUCACAGGCAUGAUUUCAACUUGUUAUCCGUUACUGAUUAUCUUUUUCAUUUCCUACUACUUGUUUUCUCUACACAUAUAAAUUUCGUACGAAAAUCAGAUAGUGUGUAGAGUCUGUGUACCGGUAUUGUUACUUGAAUCCUAGGGUUAUGGAAAUGUAGGUUGAAUUUUGAAUGAUUUGAACAAAUAAAGUGCGUUUGAUUUUGAUAAAAAACGCUACUAUUUCAAGGAUCCGGUAAAUGUUAGUGUGGCGAUGGUGGUUGAACAGUCGAUUUCUGGGCAUGGAUUUGAGGUUGGAGAUAUGGUUUGGGCGAAAAUGAAAUCUCAACUGUGGUGGCCCGGUCGUGUGUACAGUGAGGAUUUUGCGACGCCGCUGGUUCGUCGAUCGAAGAGGGAGGGGGAGGGUAUGUUGUUGGUUGCAUUUUUUGGUUCUAGUAGUUUUGGGUGGUUUGAUUGUUCGGAGCUUGUAUCGUUUGAUUGUAAUUAUGCGGAAAUGUGUCGGCAGACGAGUUCUAGAGCGUUUGUUAGGGCUGUGGAAGAGGCAGUGGUGGAGGUGAACAGGAGGAUUGGUCUUGGUAUGUCGUGUAUGUGUCGGAAUAAGCAGAGUUUUAGGGCGAUUGAUGUGCAGGGUUUUGUUGUUGUUGAUGUGGCGGGGUAUGAUUCUGGUGCUGUGUACUCUGUUGAUGCGAUUAGGAAAGCUAGGGACGGUUUUCAGCCUAAGUUGGCUUAUGAUUUUUUAAGGCAGUUGGCUUUGGAACCUACCGAUAGUGAGCAUGUUGAUGAUAUUAAUUUUGUGAAGAACAAGGCUACUGUCGUGGCUUACAGAAAGGCAGUAUUUAAGGACUUUGAUGAGCAUUAUGAUCAGGCAUCUAUUCAAGAACCAGCCCGUCAAGAAACAUCAUCUAAAGCUCCAUUGAAUGGUAUGGCGGUGCUUGCUGACAGUUUGGGCAAACAUAAGAAAGACGAGUAUCUUUUCAAACCGAGAGAUGACUCUAAAGAGAUAAUAAAGGAAAAAGAAGAAGUGAUUAGUGGGCCUGGGCCUGGACCGGAAGAGGUGAAGAUUCCCAAACGUCCCGUUGGAGAACCCACACUUGAGAAUAUAAAGAAACAGAAGAAAGAGGGGAUUUCUGAAGGUACGCAAAGAAGUGUUGUUAAUUAUGAGAUGGAUCUUUCACGUGUAUUGGGUGAUCUGCAUUCACUCGCUGUUGAUCCUUGUAAUACCGUCAACAGAGGAUUACGUAAUAAGGUAAAGAAAGCUUUUCUACGGUUCAGGUCGCUUGUGUUUCAAAAAGGCAAAAACUUCUCACUACCACUGGCUGAUGGUGAGCCAAAUGCUACUAAAUCCUCUGAGGAUAAUGUAGAACCGUCAAGUGGGCUCAAGCGAGGUCCGUCUGACUGCCAGGAAGACGUGAAUGAUUCUAAAAAGAAGAAAGCUGGUGAUAUUAGAAAGUUAACUGACGAAAAGAAGUUAACUACACGAGAUGUCAAGCAGCCUGUUGCUAUGACAUUGAAGAAACCAGGACCCGAGCCAACUAUGCUCGUUUUAAAGUUCCCGGAAGGAGGAUCUCUGCCGUCUUAUAAUGAACUGAAGGCAAGGUUCGCACGGUAUGGACCAAUGGAUCAUUCGGCCACUCAAAUACUUAGGAACAGUCUCUCAUGUCAGGUGGCUUUCAGGCACAAGGCCCAUGCAAAGGCGGCGUAUGGGUUUGUGGUUGAAAGUACUAGCCUGUUUGGAAACACAGAUGUGAAGUGCAGCCUCAAGUGUGUUGGGGAUGUGGAUGCCGCCGAGCCUGAGCUACUGGUUAAAGUCCCAAAAAACCACCACCAGCCAGCACUGUCUUUGGUUCCAGCCACAUCUGGCGGUGAAGAAGCGGCAGGUAAGGGUGGUAGGGAGGUGUUUGCUGACAGUUUAGGCAAGGUUAUGAACACUGCAAGACCUACGAACUAUGCCAAGAAAGACGACUGUCUUUUCAAACCUGAAGCUCCUCAGAGAAGUGAUGGGAACUACGAGACCGAUCUUUUACGGGUACUGGAUGAUCUGCAUGCACUUGCUGUUGAUCCUUUUAAUACGGUAAACACUGGAUCACGUAUUAAAGUAAGGAAAGCCUUUUUAAGGUUCAGAUCACUUGUGUUUCAGAAAGGCCAAAACUUCUCACUGCCAGUGGCUGGUGGUGAGCCAAACGCUAGUAAAUCCUCCGAGGAUAGUGUACAAGUGCCAUCUGUAAAACCACCAAGUGGGCUCAAGCGAGGUGCGCCUAACCACCAGCAAGAAAUGGCUGCUGCUAAAAAGAAGAAAGUUGGUGACAUUAAAAGUUUGACCAAGGAAAAGAAGGUCACAAAGAUGAUUGACGGACCUCUUUCACGAGUUGUAAAUCAGCCGGUUUCUACGACGCUGAAGAAACCAGUACCUGAGCUCAUCAAGAAAACAGAGCAGCAGCUGGCACCCGGACCAGCUAUGCUUACGAUAAAGUUCCCGCAAGGAGGAUCUCUACCGUCCUAUAAUGAACUGAAGUCAAGGUUCGCGCGUUUUGGACCAAUGGAUCAUUCGGGCACCCACAUAUUCUGGAACACUUUCUCGUGUCAGGUGGUUUUCAGGCACAAGGCCCAUGCACAUGCGGCAUAUAGGUUUGUGGUUGAAAGUACCAGUCUGUUUGGAAACACGGGUGUAAAGUGCACCCUCAAAGAGGUUCCGACCGUGAGUUCUGCGAGGCCUGAACCACCAGUUGUAGUCUCAUCAGGCGUACAACCGAAGUCAAUUUUGAAGAAAUCUGGUGGUGAAGAGGCGGCGGCUAAUGGUGGUAAGGGGCGAGUAAAGUUUAUGUUAGGUGGGGAAGAGAGUCAAAUAGAGGUUGCUCUGCUUAGAGCAGCCUAUGGUUCUUCUCCUUUAACAAAGAAUGUUAGUAGUAACAAGAAUGAAAAGGCUGUUCAUCCUGUUGUUGUUACUAGUCCAACUGGUUCAUCCACACCACCACCACCACCACCUAUGCGCUAUGGCACAACACUAUUAUCACCACCAUCAUUACCACCGUGUUCUAUGCAGAGGACACCAUUACAAGUACUAAACAGACCGCCGAGUGACCGAUUUACAACGCCAAACAUAGAUAUUAAAGAACAAAUGCUGAGCCUCCUUAUGAGAUGCAAUGAUAUUGUGACGAAUGUUAGUAGCAUCUUAGGCUACUCGCCUUACCACCCUUUGUAAACCCGAUAUGGCAAAACACAGCACAAAUGAGAGUAACAAAAGUUAGCAAAGAAUUACCGUUUUCUUGGUACUUGUUUUCA